GACCGAAAUAUUUCAAUGCUGUUCGGUUGUGUGCAGCGAACGACCGAAGCGACCGAAACGACCGACCAUUUCAGCCCAGCAGCCCAUCUUAAUAUUUCUAGCUCCACUCCCGGCCUCUUUUCUCUCUCGCUUCCUUCCUCAUUCGGCCACUCCACUUCUUUUCUCUCCUGGCCCUGGACAACACACAGGAGAGAGACAUGCCCUAGGGUUGAGCCGCCGCCGCGCCCCAUCCUCCUGCAACAGCGAGCGCCGCCGCCGUCCGGCGCUCCGGCCGACCGGCCAGCACUCCAGGCCUCCAGCCGCACUCCUUCCCCACCGCAUCUCCAGGUCUCCAACCAACCCCGCGUCGGCCGGCAGCACGCCACCACAGGGAUCCGGCCAGCAAGUGACACGAUGGCAUCCGAACCUGAGUAUGUUCUUGAGGAUGAGCUGAAUGCACGUGAACUUGCCCUUGCGAAUGCCCGUGAACAUGCGGCGGAUGCCCAUAUACUUGCGCUUGCGGAUGCAGAAGCAGAUGAAGCAAUAGCUGCAGGAGUGAAAGCCACGAUGAAAACGGAAGAUGCGGGGGUGAUUCAAAUUGAGGAUGAUGAGGAACCUGUCAAUCCAAAAUUGAGGAAACCGAUGGCAGCAAGAUCAGAGGCCUGGGAGCAUUUUACCAAAGUUCUAGAUUCCAAUGGUAAGGUGAAAGAAGGAUUGUGCAAAGUCCGCUAACAAGUGCAACAACUCUAUGUUAUAUAUGUUCUCUUGUGCUUGUCAUCCGUAAGAUGUUAUUUGUCAAAUUGUGAGUUGUGAGUGUGAGACCAUGAGAUUGAGACUUGCUAUUUGUUGUAAGAAUUAAUGUUCUAUUAUUUGUUUUGAAUUAUAAACUGCUAUCUGUAAGCUGCUCUACUGUAACGUGUUGUGAACUUGUGAUAGAUUGUUUAGUUUUCCCA